GGAGAGAAAGGGGGAGAACAAGAAGAGAAAGGAGGAGAACAGGAAGAGAAAGGGGGAGAACAGGAAGAGAAAUGUGGAGAACAGGAAGAGAAAUGGGGAGAACAGGAUGAGAAAUGGGGAGAACAGGGAGAGAAAGGGGGAGAACAGGAAGAGAAAUGGGGAGAACAGGAUGAGAAAUGGGGAGAACAGGAAGAGAAAUGGGGAGAACAGGAUGAGAAAUGGGGAGAACAGGAAGAGAAAGGGGGAGAACAGGAUGAGAAAGGGGGAGAACAGGAAGAGAAAUGGGGAGAACAGGAUGAGAAAUGGGGAGAACAGGAAGAGAAAUGGGGAGAACAGGAAGAGAAAUGGGGAGAACAGGAAGAGAAAGGGGGAGAACAGGAAGAGAAAGGGGGAGAACCGGAAGAGAAAGGGUGAGACCAGGAGGAGAAAGGGGGAGAACAGGAAGAGAAAUGGGGAGAACAGGAAGAGAAAUGGGGAGAACAGGAAGAGAAAUUGGGAGAAAAGCAAGAGAAAGGGGGAGAACAGGAAGAGAAAGGGGAAGAACAGGAAGAGAAAUGGGGAGAACAGAAAGAGAAAGAAGAGAAAGGGGGAGAACCGGAAGAGAAAGGGGGAGACCAGGAAGGGAAUGGGGGAGAACAGGAAGAGAAAGGGGGAGAACAGGAAGAGAAAGGGGGAGAACAGGAACAGAAAGGGGGAACACCGGACGAGAAAGGGGAAGAACGGGAAGAGAAAGGGGAAGAACAGGAAGAGAAAGGGGGAGAACAGGAAGAGAAAGGGGGAGAACAGGAAGGCUCGACACAGGAGAGAGAGAGAGGAGAGAGAGAGAGAGAAGAGAGAGAGAGAGAGAGA